UGUUUAGACGCCGGAGAAACUUCUAAUAUAAUUUAGCAGAUUCCUGGAUUUCACUUACAACCGUUGCAGCAUUCCCAUGGUCAGAUUUAUUGCAUUUGCAAGAGACACCAGGGAUACUCUUUUGAAACUUGGCUACUUCAGUGUGCUAGAUAUGGCUUAAGCCUUAAAGGACAGUUAAUCCCCACUUAAUUGCUUGCCUGAACUUUUUCUCUGAGCAGCAUGAUUGAACUGAGCAUCCUUGCUAUCACAUGAGUGACAGAGAAUGAACAAGCUGGGUGGCAGUAACUCCCUCCGCGUGCCUCUUUCUCCAGAGCCAUCUUUAUUAAUGGUGACAGUUUGAAGAUGUAUGGACUUCAGUUCCCUAGGAAUUCCUGAAAUUGAGGUCCAUUUAUCGAAUUGCUACAGUUGAGCAACACUGCUCUAGUGCAAAAAAAAGGGGGGGGGUUUAUAUUGCCUCAAACAAGUGAUGUCCAAGCAUAAUUUGGGUACCAGAGCAUUACCUAUGCUUUGCCCAGUACUUCCUGACAAAAAAAGGAUAGGAUGAGAAAUUGAUUGGAUGGUAUUUUACGGGAUUUAAAAUGACUAAGCCCAUGACACAAAUUGCACAAUAGGAAAUCCAGUCCAGAAUGCAAUUAGCUCAUUGUAUCACCAGGGAACAGAAUUUAGCAGGCCCAGGAUAAAAAAAGUAGGUAAAGCCACUUUACAGCUAAAUUUGAUGCAAUUAAAAUUUAAAAAGGAUUAAAAUGUGUGGUUUAUAAUUUACCCUUUGUGGGAUCGACUGACCCUGCAAUUUUUGCCGCAGCUUCCCUCCCAUCCCCCGUUAGCUGUCAUUGAGGGUGAGUUUGGCUGUGGGACUCGGGAUUUCGACUAAGCCCACGUCUCGCUGCAUUGCCGGUCGGAAGAGACGGCCAAGGCGCUCCUUGUCCUUCUUUCGCUUCCGAUCUGAGCAGCCUUAGCUUGUCUGCGAUAGCUCGGCCUUGCGGGCCGGGAAAAUAUUUCCCCAAAAGGGGGGAGGGGAAGGAAGGCAUUACGAAAGUUUUGGGCACUUUGUGUUAUAUACCCGCAGCAACAUUUGGAAACUUUGGGCGGAAUUGGUGCGAUUUAUUAUGCGUGGAGGGAAAGCCGUCACGCAGUAUCGUGGGGCUGCACGUGGCAUCUCCCGAUUCUCCGUGCUUCGGCCCCUACAACAAAGCCUUUCCCCACCCUGCGCCAGAGGAUUCUCUUGCGUGCAAGCCGGCGGCCCAAAUGGGGCUGGGUCCGGUCGUCUCCUCCCUGCCUUUCCUUCCUUUUUUACGCACUGCCUUGGACGGGCGCGUAUGCUGUGGAUUCGCCCGCUAGACGCCGAGAUUGCUGCGUGCUUGCUGCUUGGCAGGAUAAGGAUUGUAUUCCUCACUGCUAUGGGGGCAAGAAGUAUUCCAGAAAGAAAUCAUGAUCUCUGAUGCUGUACUGAAAUCUGUUCUUCCAUUUCCUGAAAAUCUGAAAAACAAAUUUCUGGUUUUUUAUCUUAUUCUGAGCUUAUAUCUACUAUAUAUACAAGCCACCAGUCGUUUGGAAGCUGUGCUACAGGACCUGGAAAAGAUUAAAGCCAACUCUGAGAUUGAUGCCUAUUUAUAUACUGCAGAUUUAAAUUAUCCCAGUCAUUGUAAUCUAUCAGUGAUAAAAUGCUUUCAGCUUGAGAUGGAAGUAGUUUUGUAUGAAUCUAAAUUUGAGGAUCGAAAUUUUUGUAAUAGUGUACAUCGUAUAGUCAGAAUUGUUAAACAUUUUUUAUCCUUUGAAACGACUGGAAAGAAAAUUGUAGCUGCAGUUAAGAGGAAGAAAAUAACUCCCAUUAGUUUCCAAAAUACAACUCUUCUCUUCUGGGACUGCUAACAGGAAUGAACUUGAGGACUUGGGCACACGGAUGUUGCUUGAGCAAGAAACCAAAGAGGGGACCUUUAGUGGCUGGGUCAGGCAUGAAUGAAAUUAGGCGUGGAGGGAGAGUCUGAUGAAGGAAAGAACAUGUUUGGUGGUGAGAGACCACUGGGGAAUGUACUGUAGAUUAAGAGGAGAGAAUGAAAUAUUGAAGAGUUUACUAUGUUAGGAUUGGGAGGGUAUUGGGAAAGAAGGAGUCAAGUUUGCUGGAUGAAGAAAUUAGCUUCUUGAACUUGCUUGGACUUCUGCCUCGAUUGCUUCUGUUUUCUAUCAUGUUUGAUACUUACCUGGAAACUUAAUGUCCAAUAUUUGUGAGACCUGUUAGUCUCCUGUCUCCAUUAUUAAUAUAUGUGUAUUCUCAUUGGAGCAUCCACCACUGCUGCUUAUUUUUAUCGUAAGAGUAUGUAUGUAGAGGAGGGAAGAGUUAUUUGGUGAAGAUUGUACAAAAUUGUACUCUGGGGUAGACUAGAAUGAAGAUUUGGCCAUGGAAUUGGAAGUUUGUAAAUACUUACAUUCAGGGAGAGAAUUGGCUGAAUGGGAAAACUUGGGGACGAGGAGAAUGUAGCUUAUUCCAGGACUCAGAAAGUCAGACCAUUCCUUCCUCAGUCAGUUGACCAUAAAGCUAAAGUAGGUAGCCUAGUAAUUUUUAAUGAUCUCUCUCCUUUUGCUAGAUCAGUUACUUAUAACAUACACUUCCUAGAUUCACCUCCUCCCAAUUUAUUAAUUUUAAUACAAUAUAUUAUUUCAAUUAACUGGGCACAAACAUUUGUGGAAAUUUGUAAGGAAAAGUGACUUGCAGGUUGUUCAGGUGGUCUUAAAUUCCUUGAAAUAACUAUUGCCAGGAAAAUAUUUAUUAGCACAAUUAAACAUUUUUAUUAUAUUACAUGGAUAAAUAUUGACAAAUGGAUGAAAAUUCCUCUGAAGUUAUUGGUAAGAAUAAGCAUGUUUAAAAUAAUUACAAUGUAGUGAUUUAUAUGUUAAGAGCUACUACAGUAUAUACUAAUUCAUUCAAGCUGUUUUAAACUGAUGAAUUGUAGACAUUUCUUUUGAAUGGACAAAUUUUCAAGUUUUCAUUGCACAAAUGUAAGUUUUCUUUUGACAAUGGAGAGUUUCUAUUUUGACACAAGUUUUAAGUAAAAUGAGAAUAACUUUGAUUAUAAAUUAUUGUGGCUACAACUAAAAAGCAGUUAUCUGAUUCCGUUGAAAACUUGACAAGUCCUUAAUUCUAAUUUUAGCUGUGUUUAGUAUUUACUUAUUUUCCCUUGCUCUAAAGGCAGCAAGAUACAUUUGCAAAACUUUGAGAUCAUGAUUUUAAAUUAGAACAUGGUUACAAAAAGCUGAAAAUUUGGGAUAAUCCGAAUUUCAAGAGGGUAAGCUUGUUUUUAUUAACCUGAGGGAAAAAAGGUCACUUUCUCAUUGAAGUUUCUUUUAAAGCAGCGGUUCUCAACCUAUGGGUCGCGACCCCAUUUGGGGUCGAUCGACCAUUUCUCGGGGGUCGCCAACCAAGGCGAUCCGCCAUUUUCCCCCUCAGGGGGCGCCGCCGCACAUGCGCGCUGUGCAUGGGGGCGCAGCGGCACAUGCGCGCCACACAUGGGGGUGGCGCCGCGCAUGCAUGCCGCGCAUGUGGGCACAUGCGCACGUGCGCUGCGCAUGGGGCGACGUCGCACAUGUGCGCCGCGCAUGGGGGUGGCGUCGCACGUGCGCAUUGCGCAUGUGCACGGCACCGUGCAUGCGCAGCACGUUUGUGUGAUGGGGUCGCCGUCACAUAAACGUUGAGAACCACUGUUUUAAAGUUUUGAGAAAUGACUAAAACAAAAACAAAAAAACCCUCCCGGAUCAGUGAAAAUUCCCAGUGUCAAUAUAUACAAUAUAUAAAGGAGUAUAUACUGUGUGUGUAUGUGUGUUUGUUUUGUUGUUUUAAAAAAUAAAAAUAAAUUUAAAAAAAAA